AUUGGAACAACAAUUGUAACAAAGAAAGAAAUGAUACAUGGUAAGAAAUCUCCCGCGUACGUGGAGCAGGAUAAGCUUAACCAGACAAUUAAAUCGCCGUAGUCCAAAUAAUUGAGCGGCCUCAAAUUGCUUGGCGGCUAACGUCACCACCUCCAUUUCUCUCUCCACCGUACUUCGCCAUAGCUCACCUCUCUCUCUCUCUCUCUCUUCACUUUGAUUUUCUUUCUACUGUGGGUUAAGCUCAGUGAUCUUCGUCUAUGGUGGUUGCUAUCCGCUAAAGAUGAACUCUAACCCUUCCAAUAAUCCACAAUCAACGACGCCCGCUGAUGGCUCAGCCAAGAAGGUCAGAAAGCCCUAUACUAUAACCAAGUCCAGAGAAAGCUGGACAGAGGAAGAACACGACAAAUUCCUCGAAGCUCUUCAACUGUUUGAUCGUGACUGGAAAAAAAUCGAAGAUUUUGUGGGUUCCAAGACAGUCAUUCAGAUUAGGAGUCACGCCCAGAAAUAUUUUCAGAAAGUGCAGAAGAACGGGACUCUUGCUCAUGUUCCUCCACCACGCCCGAAGCGCAAAGCUGCUCACCCUUACCCUCAAAAAGCAUCCAAAAAUGUUUUGGUUCCCCUUCAAGCUUCCUUAGCUUAUCCUUCUUCAAUGAAUCCUAUGGUGCCUGCGUAUUCACCAUGGGAUGAAGUUUCUUUGUUGAUAAGUCCCACAUCAAGUAAAAUAACAUCCCAGGAAGAAUUUGGUAAUCUUCAAGCAACUGAAGCUGAUAUUGCAUCAAAGGGGGCUGCAAGGAAUAGUAACAACAGUAUUUGUGGCAUUGCAAGCUCAAGUAGAUCAAUACUAGGUUCUGAGAUACCAAAGCAUGGGAAACAAGGUUCUGUGCUCCAUGGACCCGAUUUUGCUGAAGUUUAUAGCUUUAUUGGGAGUGUCUUUGAUCCAGACACUAAUGACCAUGUGCAGAAACUCAAGGAGAUGGAUCCCAUUAAUUUUGAGACAGUUUUAAUGUUAAUGAGAAACCUCACCUUCAACUUGUGUAACCCAGAUUUUGAGCCUAUUAGAAAGGUUAUGUCAUCGUAUGACGUCAACGCAAAAUCGAUGGGAAUUGCUAAGCAGAACUAUAAUCUGCCAGUUUGAACUACCUAGGUGUUUACAACUUGCUGACUAGUAUGUCCAACUUCUCAUCUUUUUCUCUGGUCUCGUCUUUGCCCUCCUUUUGAACUUUCGAUCCUUAAUACCAAGUUACCAUUGAUGCUAUAGCUUGUUUUGGUAUGAUAGGUAGGAUCAUGGCUCUAAAAUGUAAAUGGUGCUAGCACAGCAGGCCAUAUAUGAAACCUUUAGUUUAGAGAUGAAUGCAACCACAACAUGGGGAAAGCAUUGAAAGUGAUGCUAAAUGGAAGUGAGCACGCCCAUGAUUAGUUUUGGUGAGUUUUGUAAUCAUCUUAGUGUCUGGUGGCCAAAACAAAAAGGGAUAAUGAAAUCUUAUUGUUAUUCUGUUUAAGGCCUUCUUUAACCAGAGAAGUAUGUAUAUCGUGUAAUAUUAGUUUUGCCUUGAAAAAGAAAAAAAGCCCUUAUUUUUGUCAAUUUUCCAGGGCUUGUACCCCCUAAAGCCAUGUAAUUACAAGCAUUUAAAUAAUAAGCUUUCAUCCUUAUAAAAGUUUGAUGUUUAUUCAGCCAAAAAAGUUUGAUGUCUGCUACGGAGACUUUAAAGAACUUUAUAGGACUGUUGUAGUUCUGGAUUUGACAUAACUAUAAUCUAUUUACAAAGUAAUUAUAAAAAAGACAGUGUAGAACAUACAAUAUUUAUCAAUGAUUCAAUGUACCUUAUUUUUAAAUAA